AUGGCUCUUACGAGUCCUUCCAAGGAAAUUCCUGGCGUUAAAUUGUCGAGGUUCGACGUUGCCUCGCCUCACCGAGAAGACAUCAUUGGGAUACAAGAUGAAGUGAUGGACAUGUCGUGUUCUAUUGUCCAGGGGAUAUUUGGAUUGGAGAGGGCUAUUGUGUUCAACUACGUUGUUUAA